UCAGAACCCCAGAGGAGGAGGAGGAGGGCGCGGUCCAGUUGGGCGGCAGGACCACCUCCAUCCGCGGCUGCUGCGAGCGCACACUGGGGCGCUCCCGCUCCCGGCCGCCAGAGGGCGCAGCCCGAGCCGGCGCGGCGCCGGGAAGGAGGAGGGGAGCGCGAGAAGGGUCAGGCGCGCAGGGCGUCCGCGCAGCUCGGCUCCGGGAAGGGCGCGCAGCCUCCGCCUCCGGGAUGCGGCCGCCCGCGCUGCUGGCGCUGCUCAGCUGCUCCGCGGCUUUUGCUUUGGUGUCUGAAGAGAGAAAGGAAAAGGUCAAGCCUUCCCAGGAUUUGGAGCAGAGUAGUCUAUCAAGGAAACAUGGCGUAGACUUAAAAGAAAUUGUGUUUGUCAUCCAGAGUCAAAGUAAUUCUUUUCAUGCCAAGAGGGCGGAAGAGCUGAGAAGGGACAUCUUAAAGCAGGCAGCAAAUCUGACACAGGAUCUCCCCAGAGUGCUCCUUCUCCAUCAGUUGGCGAAGCAGGAGGGUGCUUGGACCAUCCUUCCCUUGUUACCACACUUUUCUGUAACGUAUAGCAAGAAUUCAGCGUGGAUCUUCUUCUGUGAAGAAGAGACGAGAAUACAAAUCCGCAGACUCCUAGAAGCACUCUGGCGAUAUGACCCAUCUAAGGAAUGGUUUUUAGGAAAAGCGUUGCACGAUGAGGAGUCGACCAUCAUUCACCAUUACGCCUUCUCCGAGAAUCCUACAGCCUUUAAAUAUCCCGACUUUGCUGCUGGCUGGGCCCUUAGUGUCCCACUCGUAAAUAAGCUUACGAAGAGGUUAAAGAGCGAGCCCCUGAAGUCUGACUUCACGAUAGACUUGAAGCACGAGAUUGCCCUGUACAUCUGGGACAAGGGUGGAGGCCCUGCCCUCACUCCCGUGCCUGAGUUUUGUACCGACGAUGCUGGGCCCCACUGUGCCACCACGUUCCAUUCUCUUCUACCGCUUUGUGGAACGCCAGUGAAAAAGGAGGAGGUUUUUGUUGCAGUGAAAACAUGCAAGAAAUUUCACGGCGACAGAAUCCCCAUCGUAAAGAAGACAUGGGCGGCACAGGCAAGCCUUAUUGAAUACUACAGUGACUUCGCAGAAAGUCCCAUUCCCACGGUGGACCUGGGAAUUCCCAAUACGGACAGAGGUCAUUGUGGAAAGACGUUUGCCAUUUUGGAAAGAUUUCUGAAUCACAGCCAUGACAAAAUAGCAUGGCUGGUCAUUGUGGAUGACGACACACUAAUCAGCAUCUCCAGGCUCCGACAUUUGCUUAGCUGCUACGACUCCAGGGAUGCGGUGUUUCUGGGUGAGCGCUAUGGCUAUGGCCUGGGCACAGGUGGUUACAGCUACGUCACAGGAGGAGGCGGCAUGGUCUUCAGCAGAGAAGCCAUCCGGAGACUUCUCGCCAGCAGCUGCCGAUGCUACAGCAAUGAUGCUCCCGACGACAUGGUCCUAGGCAUGUGCUUCAGCGGGUUGGGCGUCCCUGUAACCCACAGCCCCCUCUUCCAUCAGGCUCGGCCAGUCGAUUACCCCAAGGACUACCUCUCCCAUCAGAUUCCUAUAUCAUUUCACAAACACUGGCACAUUGACCCGGUGAAGGUGUAUCUCACCUGGCUGGCGCCCAGCGAGGAAGACAACACCACAUGGCAGACACAGAAGGAUCCAAGAGAAGAAUUAUAGAUGCAGAACCUGGGAGGAGCAGAUGAAGAGAUUCGCCCCAUGGGCUGGGCUGUGGUUCGGCUGCUUGUGUAGGCCACAGGAAACAGACACUUCUCAGCCUUUGUGGAAAGAGGGUAUUUCUUGAUGGGUGGACUCAUGGGGGAACCUGGGGAAAAUCACUUGUUUUGAUUGAUGUUGUUAUUGUAACACAGUGAGUACUGUGCCUUUUUUUUUUUUUUUUGGUCUGGGCUUUGUGACUGUCACAGGAAAUAAAUGGUACCGGAAGUCCUUUUCUGUUCUCUUCAUUAGAGUGGAGAUUCUAACACAAGACUCUGACUGACUGUUAUGCUGUGUAAACAUCGAGUCUUUUACAUGGAUUGCCAGUGGAUGUACCUGUAAGCCAGCAGUUCUCAACCUGUGGGUUGUGACCCCUUUGGGGGUAAAGUGACCCUUUCACAAGACCACCAGAGAGCACAGAUAUUUACAUUACAAUUCGAAACAGUAGCAAAGUUACAGUUAUGAUGUACAAAAGAUAAUAGUGUGGCUGGGGGUCACCACAGCGUGAGGGAUUAUGAAAGGGUCACAGCAGUAGGGAGGUUGAGAACCACUGCUUUAAAGGGUCCUCCUAUUGAUGGUGGAAGUUAGUUUCCCGGGAACUCAGUAGGAAUGAGAUACUGAGGCUGAUUCAUAAAACGUAAAACUCAGUGUGAAAUCCCCUGGCUGUACAGUCAUGGCUGCUGUGUUUUACCUUCUCUAACGGCUGCACCCCAGAAACAGAGACUCAGGGCCCUCUGCUGAGGUUUCUGCUGCUUUUGAGGUGUGCAUUGGUACCGUUCUCUCGGAAGCCGUCUGCUGUAGUGAGCGUACGGAGUGCCGCCAGGAGUUAGGAUGCUGGGUCCUCAGGUCUCUUCAGUGUCAGCCAACCCUGUGGGAGUCCCAGGAUAUGAGCUGCGCCUGGAGGUGGUUAACUCUUGCUUUUCUGAGUGUUACAUAGUAACUUGUUUCUGGCCCAGGAGAGACAGCCUCCACCCUGGUGGCUGCAGGGUUGACUCUCAUAGAAGGGCAGCGUGGGGUUUGGCAAUUUCCCUGGGUCCUUACAGAAUGACAUUGGAAUAAAGUGUUUUGAAGCAGCCCUCAUUUUCAAACCAUACCUUUUAAUGUGUAGUAAUUUAACAAUUCAGUAUUAAUGUAUGAAAAAAUGUUGUGUGUUGACAUUUAAAGCGAGGUGAUUUUGUUAUCAAAAUGUAUUUGCACAUGAUUUGAUCUCAAGCUCCUAAGUUUUGUAGAUUGUAAUGUUUCCCUUUAUGUUUUCCUCUGCAGUUCAUUAACCUUGCUUAGAAGGCUUCUAAACCCCAUAGGUUCAAAGCCACACCACCAAAAGUCUUUGUGUGUUUAUUUUUUUAACAAUGUAUUUUUUUCCCCAUGUAGCUUACUUUUGACUCAUGUCCAAAUUCAUGCAAUACUAUUUCUCCUUCUUUGCCAAAUUCAGUUAAGUAUCAGGACUAGUGUGUGGCAGUGCUGUGCUCUGGUGGAUCACACUGGAUUCAGUCUGUGAAAAUGGAUUUUGUGGUUCAGCCGGCAAGUGGACUGAGAACAGUCCAGUGAAUGAAAAGGGCCGUAAGGGUUUCUGGGUGUCGUGCGGGUGGCUCCAGCAUCCUUGCUAUUACAGCUGUGAGUGUGGCCCUUGCUAUCAUAGCACUUACCUUUUUGACAUUGCAGUAAUGCCCUGGGGAACCAGUACAGUGCAGGGGAGCCUUCAAUCCCCCUGACCCUCGCCUCUGCUCAAAGCCUUCAGUCCGCCCCUCCCCACCUCUGCUCAUGAAGUGUUACCAGCCAGAGAACAGAGUUUCACUGAACAGGACGGAAGCCAGCAUGUCUGAACAUGAAGCCCUGUGUCAGCCUUUCCUCUCUGUUAGGAUCUGGGCCUUCUGCUGGCUCUGGGGAUCCUUCCCUGGCAUUUUUAGAUAACGUGGUUGAGUUUGUUUCUUUUUGGAAGUAGAGAAGCCUCACCAUGAAUAAAACAUCUUCAGUUUACUUCCGAUUCUGCAUUUUAUCUAUUAGUUGAGACUGGAGAGAGGAUGGGGAGGAGUGUGCAGGACAGGAAUUGAGAAAUUGGGAACACUCACAGGGCAGUAAAACAAUCAAUGCAAGCUAAAACACCUUAGGAAAAGGCAACUGAAAUUAAAAACACGGUUUAUAAAGAUAUUGUGCUUUGAUAUAGAGCAAAUGACAGACCGACUAUUUGCAUACCAACUGAGAAUUGAUAUCUUUUUUUUUUUUAAAAAAAGCCUUAAUUUUUAGCCUGGAUUUUUCAGGGCACAUGCAUCCUCUUCAAUGUUCUCUUUCCCUUUAAGUAAGGGUUUCUUUACCAGUGGAUAUUUUUAUCCCAAGGAUUUAGCACCAAGGAUUUAUGUGUGGAUUACCUGGUGGGGUCGUUUUUUACUUUUAAGCCGUUUCUCAUGACCUAGCUCAUUGCCCGACUGCGCAGGAUUUCUUUACAUUCUCACAACUAAAUCAGAAGCCGAGACACAAAAAUAACCUUUGUGGAAUCCUUGGAAACAUAAUCGCGCGCCAGCCUGAGUAAUGAUGCUAUGCAGGGGCGGGUAAAUGCCAGUGUUCUCUGCGUGUCCUGAUUGAUUGAAGACAUUCAGUACGCCUGCAUCCAUCAUUGUUAUGGAUGUGUAUGGAGGACCUCAGAGACUCACAACACAGUAGACAUUUGUAAGGAUGCCUGUGGUGCUUGCAUUCAUGGGGACGUUGUUUCUGUGGAAGAAGAUCAAUCAAUUCGUCGUUAAGUACACUAAACAGACUUACAAGGGUGCCCUUGCCCCCAUUCACUGCUUCGCUCCUGCCAUCUCUGAAUAACUGGCAUGAAAAGGUGCUAUUGUUUACGUCCCCGAGCCCUCUAAACAAGUCACCUGCAGAAUGUGUUUUCCUCCUUUCUAUAGAAUAAAAUAAAAAAGCCUUUGUUUAUCGUC